ACCUGGGGGCCAGGCUGGGCAUGGCCUCGGCCACUGUGGCAGCAGCAAGACGGGGCCUCGGACGGGUCCCCCCGCUCCUCCUCCGGCGCUACUACCAGACCGAGCGGGGCGUCUACGGCUACCGGCCGAGGAAGCCCGAGAGCCCGGAGCCCCGGGGCUGCCUGGCGCCCCCCCCAGUCGAUCAUGGCCUUGCCAGGUUGGUGACAGUCUAUUGUGAGCAUGGUCAUAAAGCUGCCAACAUCAACCCCCUCUUCACUGGACAAGCCCUGCCAGACAGUGUGCCUGAGAUCCAUGCCCUCGUGCAGACCCUGCAGGGACCCUUCAACACCACAGGAUUAUUGAACAUGGGAAAGACAGAGGCCUCACUUGAGGAAGUGUUAGCCUAUCUCAACCAAAUCUACUGUGGGCAGAUUUCUAUUGAGACCUCCCAACUGCAGACCCAGGAGGAGAAAGACUGGUUUGUCAAACGGUUUGAGGAACUAAAAAAGGAGACAUUUACCACAGAGGAGCGAAAACAUCUGUCAAAACUGAUGCUAGAAUCUCAGGAGUUUGACCACUUUUUGGCCACCAAGUUUGCCACAGUGAAGCGCUAUGGAGGCGAAGGGGCUGAAAGCAUGAUGGGCUUUUUCCACGAGUUGCUGAAAAUGUCCGCCUACAGCGGGAUAACCGAUGUCAUCAUCGGGAUGCCCCAUAGAGGCAGGCUUAAUUUAUUGACAGGCCUUCUGCAGUUCCCCCCAGAGCUGAUGUUCCGUAAAAUGCGAGGCUUAAGUGAAUUUCCGGAAAAUUCCUCAGCCAUUGGUGAUGUCCUGUCACACCUGACCUCGUCUGUGGACCUGGACUUUGGUGCACACCAUCCCCUCCAUGUGACAAUGCUGCCUAACCCCUCACACCUCGAAGCCAUCAACCCUGUAGCUGUUGGGAAAACUCGGGGCAGGCAGCAGUUGCGACAAGAUGGGGACUAUUCCCCAGACAGUUUGGCCCAGCCUGGGGACAAAGUCAUUUGCUUACAGGUAUUCGUAGCUUCAGAAAUGCGCCACGGGCUCGGCCCAAAGCUUGGGUUCUUAACACCCAAGCCAAACUACCUCUGAGGAGGUGGGCUGUCUUCCUGGGCAGGCAGUAGGACUUGGAGGAGGGCUAAUGUCGUUCUGGGUUAACUGGCCUGCUUCAUCUCGGUCUUCCCUACUUCAGGGAAGCUCGUGGGCUGUGCCAUCAUCCAUGUCAAUGGAGACAGCCCAGAGGAAGUGGUCCGUGCCACACGACUGGCUUUUGAAUACCAGCGCCGAUUCCGCAAGGAUGUGAUUAUUGAUUUGCUCUGCUACAGGCAGUGGGGCCACAACGAGCUGGAUGAGCCUUUCUUUACCAACCCAGUCAUGUACAAAAUCAUCAGAGCCCGCAAGAGCAUUCCAGACACAUAUGCAGAGCACCUUAUGGCCAAUGGACUCAUGACCCAGGAGGAGGUGUCUGAAAUAAAAGCUUCCUACUAUGCCAAGUUAAAUGACCACUUAAGUAACAUGGCCCACUACAGCCCUCCUGCCACUAACCUGCAGGCCCAUUGGCAGGGCCUGGUCCAGCCAGAAGCUCAUAUCACCACCUGGAACACAGGUGUGCCCCUCGACCUCCUGCGGUUUAUUGGCAUGAAGUCUGUGGAGGUGCCCAAGGAACUCCAGAUGCAUAGUCACCUUCUAAAGAUGUAUGUGCAGUCCAGAAUAGAGAAAGUGAUGGACGGGACAAAGCUAGACUGGGCCACGGCAGAAGCUCUUGCCCUGGGUUCCUUACUUGCUCAAGGUUUUAAUGUCCGUCUGAGUGGCCAGGAUGUUGGCCGUGGAACUUUUAGUCAGAGACAUGCGAUGGUGGUUUGUCAGGAGACCGAUGACACCUACAUCCCUCUGAACCAUAUGGACCCUAAUCAGAAGGGCUUUCUAGAGGUCAGCAACAGCCCCCUGUCAGAAGAGGCCGUCCUGGGAUUCGAGUAUGGAAUAAGCAUUGAAAGCCCAAAGUUACUGCCUCUCUGGGAGGCGCAGUUUGGUGAUUUCUUCAAUGGUGCCCAGAUCAUCUUUGACACAUUCAUUUCUGGAGGAGAGGCCAAGUGGCUCCUACAAAGUGGUAUUGUUGUCCUCCUUCCACACGGCUAUGACGGGGCUGGACCAGAGCACUCAUCUUGUCGCAUAGAGCGUUUCUUGCAGAUGUGUGACAGCCUGGAAGAGGGGGUGGAUGGAGACACCGUAAACAUGUUCGUGGUCCACCCCACUACUCCUGCACAGUAUUUCCACUUGCUUAGGAGACAGAUGGUCCGGAACUUCAGGAAACCCCUCCUUGUUGCUUCUCCUAAGAUGUUACUCAGGUUUCCUGCGGCCGUGUCGACUCUUCAAGAAAUGGCACCAGGAACAACAUUCAAACCGGUCAUUGGUGAUUCAUCUGUGGAUCCAAAAAAUGUUAAGACACUUGUAUUCUGCUGUGGCAAACAUUUCUAUGCCCUGCUGAAGCAAAGAGAAUCUUUGGGGGCCAAAAAGCAUCACUUUGCCAUUAUCCGAAUAGAAGAACUCUGCCCUUUCCCCUUGGAUUCAUUACAACAAGAGAUGAGCAAAUACAGACAUGUUAAAGAUUUUAUUUGGAGUCAGGAGGAACCUCAGAACAUGGGUCCAUGGUGUUUUGUUUCUCCAAGGUUUGAGAAGCAAUUGGCCUGCAAGCUCCGGCUUGUGAGCCGGCCCUCCUUGCCAGCCCCCGCUGUAGGAAUUGGCACACUUCACCUGCAGCAGCAUGAAGACGUGCUCACCAAGACCUUCGCUUGAUGUGGACCUUUGAAGAAAUACCACUUCCUUUUAAGAAAACUGCCAUAAAAAGGAAGCCUGCUUCCUCUUACUCUUUCCCCUUCCAUUAGGUGACAUGAAAAAACCACCUUCCUCUAAGAUAUUGGGACAGACGAGGACAACUUAAUCUGCAGUAGGUGGAAUAACCGGGGGAAUUGGUCAUCUAUGCAUGCA